AUGCAUCUCCCCACGGCACAUAUCCUCGCGGCGGCCCUGCUGGCCGUCACGCCUCUCGCGGACGCAUACACGUGCAGACCCAAUCGAGUCUACUGCGGCUACCAUCUCGUGGCCGGAGGCGUAACAACCGCUCAGCUGAGCAAGGCGGUGGAACGAAGCGCCUCGGGCAAGGACGGAAACGACCCGGAGCAGAUGCUGUUCCUUUGCGGGAGCGGGGGCAAGAUUAGGUUCAAGAAGGAGUGUCCAACCAAGUGCGAGAUUUGCCCUGGAGCGGUGGGCGAUCAUUGUUCGUGA